GAGCGCGCGCGCGCCCCCGCCCCUCCCUCCCUCCCUCCUCCUCCGCCGCUGCCGCCGCUCUCUCGGUGUCUCGGUGCGGGGCCGCCGCGUCCCCGGCAGCACGAAACCCUUCCCCGGCUCCCGCCCCCCGCCGCUCGCUCCCUCCGUCCCUCUCUCCCCCGCCGCCCCGCCGCGGGGGGGCGCAGCCCCGCACCCGCCGCCCCGCCAUGCCGGAGAAGCGGCCCUUCGAGCGGCUGCCCGCCGACGUGUCCCCCCUUAACUACGGACUCUGCCUCAAGCCCGACCUCAUCGACUUCACCUUCGAGGGCAAGCUGGAGGCCGCCGUGCAGGUGAAACAGGCGACCAACCAAAUUGUGAUGAACUGUGCUGACAUCGACAUCAUUACGGCUUCCUAUGCGCCAGAAGGAGACGAAGAGGUACACGCUACAGGGUUCAACUAUCAAAACGAGGAUGAGAAGGUUACUCUCUCCUUCCCCAGUACUCUCCAGAAAGGGACGGGGACGCUAAAGAUAGACUUUGUGGGGGAGCUGAAUGAUAAAAUGAAAGGUUUUUACCGAAGUAAAUACACCACCCCUACUGGAGACACUCGCUACGCUGCUGUCACUCAGUUUGAGGCUACUGAUGCUCGCAGAGCUUUCCCUUGCUGGGAUGAGCCUGCGAUUAAGGCGACGUUUGAUAUUUCUUUGGUGGUUCCUAAAGACAGAGUAGCUUUGUCAAACAUGAACGUCAUUGACCGGAAGCCGUACCCGGACGACGAGAACCUGGUGGAGGUGAAGUUUGCUCGCACGCCCGUCAUGUCGACGUACCUCGUGGCGUUUGUGGUGGGAGAAUACGACUUCGUGGAGGCCAGAUCCCUGGACGGCGUCCUGGUGCGCGUUUACACGCCGGUGGGCAAAGCGGAACAAGGAAAGUUUGCGCUAGAGGUUGCUGCUAAAACUCUGCCUUUUUAUAAGGAUUACUUCAAUGUUCCUUACCCUCUUCCUAAAAUUGAUCUCAUAGCUAUUGCAGACUUUGCUGCUGGUGCCAUGGAGAACUGGGGCCUUGUUACUUAUAGGGAGACCGCGUUGCUCAUUGACCCCAAAAAUUCCUGUUCUUCCUCUCGCCAGUGGGUUGCUCUGGUUGUGGGACAUGAACUUGCCCAUCAGUGGUUCGGAAACCUUGUGACCAUGGAAUGGUGGACCCACCUGUGGCUGAACGAAGGCUUUGCCUCCUGGAUCGAGUACCUGUGUGUGGAUCACUGCUUCCCCGAGUACGACAUCUGGACCCAGUUUGUUUCUGCCGAUUACACGCGAGCCCAAGAGCUUGAUGCCUUAGACAACAGUCACCCUAUUGAAGUUAGUGUUGGCCAUCCCUCCGAAGUAGAUGAAAUAUUCGAUGCUAUUUCUUACAGCAAGGGUGCAUCUGUGAUCCGAAUGCUACACGACUACAUUGGUGACGAGGACUUUCGGAAAGGAAUGAAUUUGUAUUUAACGAAGUUCCAGCAGAAGAACGCCGCUACAGAGGAUCUCUGGGAGAGCCUGGAAAAAGCCAGCGGGAAACCCAUCGCUGCUGUGAUGAACACGUGGACCAAACAGAUGGGAUUUCCGCUCAUUUACGUGGAAGCCGAACAGCAAGAAGAUGACAAAGUGUUGAAGUUAGUCCAGAAGAAGUUCUGUGCCAGCGGACCAUAUACUGGGGAGGAUUUCCCCAUGUGGAUGGUGCCCAUAAGUAUUUGUACAAGUGACGACCCCACCUGUGCCAAAAUGCAAAUAUUGAUGGACAAACCAGAGCUCACCUUGGUUUUGAAAGACGUCAAACCAGACCAGUGGGUGAAGUUAAACCUUGGCACAGUAGGGUUCUACCGUACCCAGUACAGCCCGGACAUGCUGGAGAGUUUAAUACCAGCGAUCAAAGACCUCUCCCUACCGCCCGUGGACAGGCUGGGCCUGCAGAACGAUCUCUUCUCUCUGGCCCGAGCUGGAAUCAUUAGCACUGUAGAGGUUCUAAAGGUCAUGGAAGCUUUUGUGAACGAGCCCAAUUACACGGUGUGGAGCGACCUGAGCUGUAACCUGGGCAUCCUCUCCACCCUCCUGUCCCACACCGACUUCUAUGAGGAAAUCCAGGUGUUCGUGAAAGAUGUCUUUUCACCCAUAGGGGAGAGACUGGGAUGGGACCCCAAACCUGGAGAGGGUCACCUAGAUGCCCUUCUGAGAGGUCUGGUCUUGGGCAAACUGGGCAAAGCUGGGCACAAGGCAACGCUAGAGGAAGCCCGACGCCGAUUUAAGGAUCACGUGGAAGGAAAACACAUUCUGUCAGCCGACCUGAGGAGUCCUGUGUAUGUAACUAUUUUGAAGCAUGGAGACAGUACAACUUUAGACACUAUGCUGAAGCUUCACAAGCAAGCGGACAUGCAGGAGGAGAAGAACCGAAUUGAACGGGUUCUUGGAGCCAUCUCACAGCCCGAACUGAUUCAAAAAGUUCUCACCUUUGCACUUUCAGAAGAGGUACGUCCCCAGGACACCGUGUCUGUCAUUGGAGGAGUAGCCGGAGGCAGCAAGCAGGGCAGGAAAGCUGCUUGGAAAUUUGUAAGGGACAAUUGGGAAGAACUUUAUAAUCGAUACCAAGGUGGAUUCUUAAUAUCCAGACUAAUAAAGCUAACAGUGGAUGGAUUUGCAAAUGAUAAAAUGGCCGCAGAAGUUAAGGCCUUUUUCGAGAGCCACCCGGCCCCGUCGGCCGAACGCACUGUCCAGCAGUGCUGCGAGAACAUCCUGCUGAACGCGGCCUGGCUGAAACGAGACGCCGACAACAUCCACCAAUAUUUCCUGCAGCGCAAGGCCCCCCCGGCCGCCGUGUGAGCCCCCGGUCCUGCUGCCGCCUCAUGGGGAGAGAGGGAGGAGCGACCCGACAGCCGAUUCACAUGCCAAGAAUUUGGAGUCUUUUUCUCAAACCAAUGGGGAUUGGACAAUGAAUGUAGUUAACUGGUUCCUGCUCACACUCCAGAUUUAAAAUCCUAUUGAAAUUAUCAGCAAUUCAGCAAAAAAAAAAACAAAACAAAAAGAAAGAAAAGCGAGAGAGAGAGAAAAAAAAAAAUCUGUAAAUAUGAUAGUAAUAAAAUAGAACAUAACAAAACUGUGAAACUUCCUCAAGCCUUGUCAGUGGUUACAAUAUUUAACACCCCCCCUCCUGACACUCUUAUUGACAGAUGUUCUGGUUUUUUACACCCUCCCCUCCAAAAACAAAAGGAGCCCAGUGGUUUCUAGGUCAGCGGAAUUUAGUGGAGGGUCUGGGGCAGGAACGGGUCGAUGCCCCGAGCGUUGGGAACAGGUCCCUGGACAGGCAGGUAGCUGGUGUAACGUAGAGUCUGCACGAGGCUUUGGGGAGCUGCUCCCGCACCCCCAGCCAAGGACAGUAGGUUCCCCCCCUCUUGUGUUACCUCUCAGCAGAGACAAAUGUUCUGUUGCUCCUCGGUUUUUCUCCUCGGUUCCACUCGCUGAUGUCCUUCUUAGAGAUAACGGAAUUGUAAGGAAACAUCUUCCAUAGCCACAUUAAAUAAGAGAAAGAUUCAUGCGAUUUAUUAUUAUUAUUAUUUCUUUUUCCUAACUGAAUCGCACCCUCAAACUGCAUGCAGAUGGGGAGAUAAUCACUGUCGCGCUGCUGUCAGGGCAGGUCUCUUCUCUUCAAGACGCCGUCACUUGUCUAAAAGAUGCAGCUUGUUCGAUCUCCUCAUGGCCGUAGCAGCUCUAGCUUUUCGUUCCUUUCUGUGAUGUUGAUGGUAAUUUGAUUCAGAAGCCUUAAAUUAGUGAUGACUGGCGUGCUGAUGAAGUCUAAGCUGUGUGCCAUCAUUUCCUCCACAAAGCAGCGUCUACUAACCAGACACAACACCCUCUAAUACCAAGGUUGGAGUUCCAUAUAUAUAUUAUUAUUAUUUUUUUUAAAUUUAACAGGAAUUCGUAUUUGGUGUGGCUUAACUGUAUUUCAGAAGGUCAUCAGACUAACUGUCAGACUGCUUCCCUGAAACAUUUUUGUGCUAUUGUUUAAAAGAGAAAAGACAACAAAACAAAACAAACCACAAUUAAAACAGUUGGCGUUAAUAAAAAUGUCAAUGUGAAA